AUAUCUCAACCUUUUGUAACAUACUGUUCUUGAUCUGAUAUAUAAUUGAUCUUCCAAUUCGGCGUAGGACGACCCCCUACAUGUGAUGUUUACGUUGUAAUAACACUUUUUUAGAGCUCGUGAGACAUGCAUGAUUCGUGCAUUUAUUUUUAACAUUUGGCCAACCUUUUUGAUUUGCGCCCUCUGAAAAUAAUCUCCAGCAUGGGAGACUAGAACGCGAGCUCCUCUCCGCCGCCCGCCGCCGCCCGCCGCGUCCGGCCGCGGCAACUCUCAAAAAGCUGUCCAGGAGCUCCUCUCCGCCGCCCGCCGCGUCCGGCCGCGGCAACCACGGCAACCCGGCCUGCGACAGUCGCCAUGCCGCCGCCGCUCGCCUUCUCCGCCGCGCGGUAGCUGGGGGUCGAGCCCCUCUGCUGAAGGCCUGGCCGGCGAGUGUGGAUGAUGUUGGGCGGCCGGGACGCCAUCGGCGUCCUCUCUCCUUGCAGCUCCCCAUGACUCUGCUCUCCAUCCUGAGACAAGAUUCAGGCACGAACACUACAGUCUCUCCAGUUGAGGAAAGAGCACCACCAAACCUGCACCAAAUCGAAAAAGAGAGCCAGAUCUACCACACCAAUUUAAUACUGUAAUCGGUGGAUUGAACUAAUGACGACGAUCCGUGCAUGAACACAUCAUCGAUUCGAUUCGUACGUACGUGACGCCAAUUAUCACACCCCCAUCAUCGCCUCGGCCCUUUUCCUGCUGUUGCAACAUGAGUCGAUCGUGUGAUUGCCGGCCCCAUUAUCCGAGAUCGACCAAGGACCAAGGUUUCUUGUGCGUGCUGCCACUGCCAUGGCCAUGGCGGUCGCUCACCUUCUUCUCCAACUCUCCGCCGCCGCCGGAGGCAAUGGAGGUAGCAGGAACAGCAGGAUGGUCAUUCCGGCCAUUCUCCUGAUUCUUCUUCAGCUUCUUCUCUUCACAGCGCUAAGCGUGGACGGAGCGGCAUCGUUCAGCUUCACCAACGCGUGUCAGCACCCGGUGUGGGUGGGCGCGCUCCACGGCGCGAGCUCGCCGCCGCUGGCAAGCUCAGGCUUCUACCUGGCGCCGUCGGCCACCUCCCGCCUCGACGCGCCGUCGUCGGGGGCAUGGUCGGGCACGUUCUGGGCGCGCACGGGCUGCGGCGUCGACUCCACCACGGGCCGCUUCUCCUGCGCCACGGCCGACUGCGGCACGGGCGACGUCGCGUGCCAGGGCCGCGGCCCUGCGCCGCCGGUCUCGCUCGUCGAGGUCACGCUCGCCGCGCCGAGCAGCGGCGGGCCGGACUUCUACGACGUCAGCCUCGUCGACGGCUUCAACGUGCCGGUGCGCGUGGCGCCCUCGGGCGGCGGUGGAGACUGCCGCCCCGCGGCGUGCGCCGGCGACGUCAACGCCAUGUGCCCCGCGGACCUCCGCGUCGUCGCCUCGUCGUCGUCCGGCGGCGGCGGCGUCGUGGCGUGCAAGAGCGCGUGCGGCGCCUACGGCGGCGCGCGCUACUGCUGCACCGGGCAGUACGGCACGCCGGCGACGUGUGGGCCCACCAACUACUCGCAGGUGUUCAAGAGCGUCUGCCCGUCGGCGUACAGCUACGCGUACGACGACGCCAGCAGCACCUUCACCUGUUCCGGCGCUUCCACCUAUGACGUCACCUUCUGCCCUGGGAGCUGAUUAAUUAAUGCCCCUAGAAGACUGCUAGAUAUUUCUUCAAAAAAUUUAUAAUAGGGAAGAGAUCAAGUAGAAUCAAUAAUAACAUGUUGAUGCCGUGAUACGUAGUACACGACACAACACACAUAGAUUGAUGAAGGAAAUUAAUUUAUUCCAUGGAAACUGGAAAGGAGGGUGGUUCAACGCUCUAAUGAAAUGUUUUCAAUGCUUUUGUACCGUUGCCAUAUUGGAUGGAUGAUGCAAGACUUCAACAUCAUUUAUUUAUUUUGAGAACCAUACAUUGCAUUUUUUUUUUC